UUCUGCUGCAAAAGGUACAGUAUCAAACCACUGUAUGUCAGGUUUUUUAACACCCUGUACUGAUUUUUUCAUGCGUUCACUAAUUUUACAUAGAUUGUCAUUUGCUAUUGAUUUACCAUGUAUGAUAUACAUUUAACUUACUAUUUUUAUUUGCAUAUAUGUUUUGGAGAUUUACAGUGUUAUGAACUGUUUGAAGGUUCUAUAACUAAUCUUUUUUAUAUUUUAUUUAAGACCAGUCUGCUGACAUGACUUCCAUGGUGUCCCUUGACAAUGCAACAUUUAUUCGCCCCUCUACAUUUUACAUCAAUGGAUUGUACAAUGUGCCUCACGCAAAGUAUUACUACACAUUUUUGUGUUUUGUGUACGCUGUGACUGUUUUAGGGAAUUCUUUUAUAAUGGGCACUAUAUACCUGGCACGUACUCUGCACACAGCAAAGUAUAUAGCUGUCUUCAACUUGGCCUUGUCUGAUCUGUUUGGAAGCUCUGCUCUUAUUCCAAAGUAUGCAGAUAUGUUUCUGCGUGAGAACCAGUACAUAUCUUAUGAAGACUGUCUGACAAGCAUGUUUUUUGUUUUUCUCUUUAUGAUCAUGCAGUCCUUUACUCUGCUUGCUUUGUCCUUUGACAGAGUAAUUGCUAUAUGUUUUCCUCUGAGGUAUCAUGCUAUUGUCAACAAAACCACAAUGACUCUGAUCAUUGGUGUUAUGUGGAUCAUCUCUGCAACGAUUAUGUCUGUUUCUAUAGCUCUGGUUACCAGACUGUCCUUCUGUAGAUCUACUACAGUUGGCAGUUACUUCUGUGAUCAUGGCCCAAUCUUCAGACUAGCCUGUAAUGAUAAUACUCCAAGUUACAUAAUGGUCUAUGUCUUUAUUGCUGUUGUGCUUUGCAUUCCAUUAACACUAAUAGCUUUCUCAUAUGUUUGUAUUGGCUUUGCACUGCUUAAGAUCUCACAGGGUGCAGAGCGGAUUAAAGCUAUGAAAACCUGCACUUCCCACCUCAUAUUAGUGGGCAUGUUUUAUCUACCCAUCUGCAGCAUUUAUAUAUCUGCUCUUACAACAUAUCUACAUCCAAAUACUAGAAUAAUCAACUCAGUCCUAACACAAGCAAUUCCGCCUAUGUUAAACCCCAUUAUAUAUUCUCUGAAGACAGAGGAGGUAUUGCAGUCUAUUAAAUUACUCUAUAAACGAAUCAAGGUAAAUUUUGCAACAGAAGAGCCCAUGAAAAGCAUAGCAAAGAAUUAA